AUGACGGUCAGACGCUUCAACUCUCUGCUGCUGCUCGCUCUGCUCACAGUCAGUGGAUCCAGCAGCACGAAGGUUGUUGGUCGAGCAGGUGAGGACGUCACCCUUUCCUGUAAAUAUGACAUCAAGAAACACGGACCAACAGCAGCUUGUUGGGGUCGAGGACCAGUGUCAACUUUUGGCUGCAACAACCAGAUCAUCUCCACAGACGGAUAUAAAGUGACAACCAGAGCUCCCAGCAGGUAUCAGUUACUGGGACGACUGGAGGAUGGAGAUGUUUCUCUGACGAUCCUGAAGACCACAGAGGAAGAUGCUGGACUGUACGGAUGCAGAGUGAAGAUAGAUGGGCCCUUCAAUGAUGAAUCACAUCACAUCGAUCUGAGCAUUGAGAAAGCUCCGUCGACCUCGUCAACACCAACCACAGAAACGACUGAACAGACUCCACAGACAGAACAGACGAUAAACACAUCAGGUCAGGUGACCGUUACAGAGAGCGUCCAACCUUCCUCGGACAGCAACGACCCCGAGCAGCAGCAGGAUAAAGGGAAGAAGCAGACAGGCAUCGAUGUUAUCAUCAUUCUGGUGUGCGUUCUACUUGUGUUGGUCGGUUUGGUCACAGCAGGCGUCACCCAGCACGAGGAGGAGCAGCAGACCUACACUUCGGUCUGGUACAGCUGUAAUUCGUCGACUCUGGAGCUCCGCCGUCGAGUUACUACGGUGAGGAACAUCUACCAGAUCGACUGCUACAGUGAAGCCGUGUACGAGGUUUGCCUACCCCCUACAGCUUGUGCCCUGCCUCUGCCCCCUUGGAUCCUGCUCCCUGUGCACUGCCUUCCCACCUUGGACCUUACCUCACCAACCUUCCCUCCAUCCCUUACCCCAGACCCAGCCACUGCUCCCUCGCUGCCCCACUCCCCUUGUCAUUAA